AUGCCUCGGGCGCGGAGGGUUAUCGAUUAUUUCAAGCGGCCGGAUUUCGUAGUGACUGCUAAGGAACAUCAUUCACCACAGCAGGUGGAAGACCCCGCGUCCGCCUCCCCUCUUCCCGAGCCGUCGCUCUCGCCCUCAUCCUUUCCAUCACAGGCUGCCUCUCCAGAAACACCAGAUGGACCAGCAUCCCAGUUGAAACGAUCGUUACUUUUAUCCACUGAAGAAAUCACUGAAACUGCCUCUCGGACCCAGGAGAGCUCUCAGAGCACGGACACAGCAUCAACCUUGAAUUUGUCCCAGCGUGUGAUCAAGAAUGGGAAGGAGGUUGUAAUCAGUUCGGAUGGCGAUGACACGGAUUCUAUAGGGUCUAUUGAGGACCCGGAAGAUAUGCUUGCGAGAUUCUUGCCUCCAAAGCCUCCUCUUGUAAGGGGUGACCAAAUGGAUCACGAAACUGAGAGAAUGUCGCUACGCUCUGGCAGGUCCGCGAACAAGAAGAACCCCUGGAGCAUUUCCCAGGCCGCAGCCUCAGUGCCAAUGUAUAAAAAUACGCUUGAUAACCUAGUCACACAAGCUGUUGAUGACAAUGAGACCGAGGCUGGUAUCGCAAAACUGAGAGCCAUGUUAGAUCGCGAUCUUAGUUCUGACUGGUCCAGUACAAACCGGAAUAAGCAAUUACACGAAGGAAUUCUGGCAACCGCCUUAGAAGAUGAUGUCGAUGAUGGUCCCGAAUUUCAACGUUUGCUCGACGCCGUCCGACGAACGGAGGCAUUCGACUUAGGGAAGUCCUGGUCGUUCUUUGAUUUCGAACGGCCUAUCCCCCCUCCCCCGGAGUUCCCUCGAGAUUCUGUCUUGCCUCUGACCUACCUGGGUACUCUGAGAGAGCCUGAGUCUAGAGAGCGAGCCUUCCAUUCCGGAGUGGUUGACUUCGCGUCAUCGAGAAACAUGCUCCCUGAUGAAUUAAUUACAUGGAUCUUCUACUCUAUCCCUACCGAAUCACGCGAUAAUUUGAGACACGCAUACUGCAGGGCUUUAAAGCAUACCGCACCAGAACGUUUAGAGUCCCUAAUUCGGCCAAAAGAUAUCAAAACUAUCUUUGAACAAAUAGGUGCAAGCUCCAAAGCCUUAACCAUCUCCGAGCCAAUUAUCCCGGACUCGCACACUAAGAGUGAUCCACUUCAUGGGCAAUUUCAACAUCACACAGCUUUGAUUUUCAUUCUAGACUUUCUUCGCGAUACCAUAACCCACUUCUCGAACAAUACUCGAGAGUAUGUCCUAAACAUUCUGUUUCGCCUUACACUUGACGCUUCCUUGACACGCAAUUCUAUAAUCUGUUCCGAGCUGGAGAGAACUAUAGCUGCAGUUUUGGAGAGCAUAAAUCGGGGGAAUGCCAAUGAAUUUAUCGAUCGGAUUUGUUUGGCUGCCCACACUACCCUAAAGGACGCAGAACUGCAGGCCCGUCUUCUUGAACAUAUGGCGCCAACGAAUGAUUGGAUCGCGUCACUAAGACGCCGUCUUGGCAUGAUAUUCUUGACCAACGAUCCCUUGGCUACUGUUGGGUCCGCAGAUAGGAUAUAUGAAGUACGACGAGUCGUCAACAUUCUCAAAGACAACCGAUUCGAUAUGAAGCGUCACAAACGGAACAGGCACACGGAAUGCGACUACGGAGAGCUUGGUGCUAUUAUCACAUUCCUCAACAUUGUCAUUGACUCUGGAUGGUCUGCGGCCUCGUUUCCUGACAGGGGUACAGAGAAGGAAUUCGAUCGCGAAAUUGACAUGCUCGCUGAUCGAAUUAAGAAGAUUUUCACGGCCAUUGAAGAUUCCGGUGCCUCUCAUCUUAAGCGAACCCUCGCGAAAGAAGCUCUCGAGUCUUUGCAUUAUCGCAUCCUGUACUCGGUCAGAUCAAGGCCACCUCCGCAAAAGGCUCUGUUUGGUGAACUCGGUUCUCCGCGAAAAAAACACAACCUUCUAAAAUACGUAAAGAAGAACGACAAAACGGUUACUUUCAAGAACGAAACAGUAUCUUGA